AUGUCCAGCAUCGUACCCGAUACCCUCAAGAAAGCUGGCAACGUAAUCAUGGGCCAAGGAAACAAGAAGAACGCUCAGCUCGCUGAGAACAUGGUCGAGGUCAACCCCAAGGCUCCCAUGACCACCGACUUUGGCACAAAGAUUGAGAACACGGAUGACUGGCUGAGGGUCUCCAACAAUGACAAGACCGGACCCAUGCUCUUGGAGGAUGCUAUUGCGAGAGAAAAGAUCCACCGCUUCGACCACGAGAGGAUUCCCGAGCGAGUAGUCCACGCCAGAGGAGCUGGUGCUUUUGGAACCUUUAGACUAUUUGAAAGCGCCGCAGACGUGUCAAAUGCCGGCGUCUUGACCGAUACAUCCCGCGAGACCCCCGUCUUCCUCCGCUUCUCCACUGUCCUCGGUAGCAGAGGCAGUGCCGACACUGUCCGCGAUGUCCGCGGCUUUGCUGUGAAGUUCUACACCGAGGAGGGUAACUGGGACAUGGUUGGAAACAACAUUCCCGUCUUCUUCAUCCAGGACGCUAUGAAGUUCCCCGACGUCAUCCACGCUGGCAAGCCUGAGCCUCAACUCGAGUUCCCCCAGGCUCAGUCUGCCCACGACAACUUCUGGGAUUUCCAGUACCUUCACACCGAGGCCACACACAUGUUUUGCUGGGCCAUGUCUGACCGCACCAUUCCUCGCUCAUAUAGAAUGAUGCAAGGCUUUGGUGUCAACACCUACACGCUCACCAACGACAAUGGCGAACGGCACUUUGUCAAGUUCCACUUCACCCCCGAGCUUGGCGUCCACUCACUCGUAUGGGAUGAGGCACUAAAGCUGGCCGGUCAAGAUCCCGAUUUCCACCGCAAGGAUCUCGCCGAGGCCAUCGAGAAUGGCGCUUUCCCUAAGUGGAAGUUCGGUAUCCAGGUUCUACCCGAGUCCAAAGAGCACGACUUUGACUUUGACAUUCUCGACGCCACAAAGGUCUGGCCUGAGGAGCAGAUCCCCAUUCGCUACAUCGGCGAGCUGGAACUGAACAGGAAUCCCGACGAGUACUUUACCCAGACCGAGCAGGUCGCGUUCUGCACCAGCCAUGUCGUCCCCGGCAUCGGAUUCUCAGACGACCCUCUCCUCCAGGGCCGCAACUUUUCUUACUUUGAUACCCAAAUCACCCGCCUCGGCAUCAACUGGCAGGAACUGCCCAUCAAUAAGCCGGUAUGUCCAGUCAUGAACUUCAACCGUGACGGCGCACACCGUCAAACCAUUACAAAGGGCAACGUCAACUAUUGGCCCAACCGUCAUGAGGCCGUUCCUCCGGCAAACCACUCCAAGGUUUCCGGCGCCUACGUUGACUUUGCCCAAAAGGUGGAGGGCAUGAAGCAGCGCAGCAAGAGCGCCAAGUUCAAGGACCACUUUAGCCAAGCCCAGCUCUUCUUCAACAGUCUGUCGCCAAUCGAAAAGACGCACGCCGUCAACGCAUUCGCGUUUGAGCUAGACCACUGCGAGGACCCCAUUGUGUACGAACGCAUGGCCCAGCGUCUUGCCGACAUCGACCUGGGCUUGGCUCAGGCUGUUGCCGAGAUGGUCGGCGCGACAUCGCCCGAGAAGGCGAGCACACCCAACCACGGCAAGAAGGCCAAGGGUCUCAGCCAGCUGGAAUUUGAGCCCGAGACACCCACCAUCAAGUCGCGCCGCAUCGCAAUAAUCAUCGCCGACGGCUUCGAUCCUGUCGCGUUUGGUGCCAUCAAGGGUGCUGCCGCGGCAGCUCAGGCUACGCCGAUGAUCAUUGGCACCCGUCGCUCCGAGAUCUUCCCUGCCGGCACAUCCAAGACGGCUGGAAACGGUGUCGUUCCUCAUCACCACCUUGAAGGCUUCCGAUCGACCAUGGUCGAUGCCAUCUUCGUGCCCGGUGGUGCAGAUUCCAUCAAGACUCUUUCCAAGAACGGCAGGGCUGUCCACUGGGUUCGCGAGGCCUUUGGUCACUUAAAGGCCAUCGCUGCCACUGGCGAGGCCGUUGACUUCAUCCAGACUGCCAUCUCGCUUCCCGAGGUUUCCUUGUCUAGUGACAGUAAUGUUGCAGAAAGCUACGGCGUUGUCACGAUGAAGUCGGUCCAACCUGAGAGCCUGAGGGAGACUGUCGAAAUCGUCAAGAAUAGCAAGGGGUUCUUGGAGCAAUUCUUUUACACCAUUGCUCAACACCGCGUGUGGGCGCGUGAGCUCGAUGGGCUCAGCACUCAGCUGGCGUACUGA